AUGCAAUACAAAAAUCUGCUAACAUUUCUCGCUCUUGCAAGUAGUAUGGCAAGCGAGACAUCUGCGGGCGUGUUGCAGAAGAAAACCUGUGCAUCUUAUGGCAGACAAUUCUGCUGUGCUGUGGAAGAAGUCCCGGAUAAAGAAAUUUUGCCUAACCUGUAUCUUUUUGUGUAUGGUCUCGGUUGUACCGGUCGGAGGAGCCCUGGAGGCUGCGCACUUGGGCACGAUCAACCGUUCUCCGUUCUCGUGGCCAUUGUGCCCUCCAGUGCUCCUUUCGUCUUGCUUUUUAUGCUAUGCCCCCGUACUUAA